AUGAAGGCAAGAGGAGACGAGGAGCAGCUCAACAAGUUGUGGGGCAGUCUCAGCGUCCCAGGUUGGCAUGACGGCAGCCACCCCGAAUCCCUCGACGACCUGGACCUCCUCCCGUGGGAGUCGCCUGGGCAGCCGAUGACCGAGACUUCCCUGCUGUCGUCAGCAGACAUCGACUGUCUUGCUGACGACCUGCUGCCCACGAUGCGAUUCCUCAUGGAAGCAUCGGAUGUGUCAGGCAGCAGCGCAUUUCCAGCCAGCUGGGCAGCUGACAGCGCAGAGAGCUCCCCAAUCUCAUUUCUCAAUGCUACGAUCCUCCUUGACCAGCCCCAGCCAGAAAACCAGCCUGCCAGCAGGAGCCAGCACCCUCUCCGCAGUUCUCCUGCAGCCACUUGCACACAGCUCAUCCCCGAGACAAGCCCGGCACCCUUGCCGGGCGGGACGCCGAUGAUUCCAAUCGCAGUGGAGACUCCCAGGCGCGAAUGCGAAUUGCCGGCCGCAGCCAUGCGCAGCACAGGUUACACACUACUCUGCCGGCCAGCCGACGUGGGCAUGCCGCCAAUCCCAUCCCAGCUGCCCCGGCAGUGCUGCUUGGACACCGGAGAGAUGGGCGCCCAGCUGGACGCGGCCGCCCUGGCUGUCUGGGAGUCCUGCACUGGGGGCGGCUUUGACACGUACAACACACCGCAGGACCCAGCGCGCGACUGUAGUGCCGAGCGCAUGGGCAGCACUGCCAGCGAUGACAGUUUCACCUUCACAGUGGCACUGGCGCCUGCCGCGCCGGCCGGAGCCGCUGCAGCCGCAUGGGCCUCUUUCGACACGUGCGCCGCCGAUUUGGCGCCGGCUGCGGUCGGCAGCGCCGGGGCGCAGAUCGCGCUGGAGGUCUCCCCUGCCGGCUGGCAGGUCAGGCGCCCCGCGUCACGCCCCCUGACGGCCGCCACGGCCGGCCGCCGCCGGCCGCACGCCCUGAGCGACCCGGACUAUUUCCCGGGCGCUGCGGCGGCGGCUGCGCCGCAGCGGGCGCUGCGGGCCGGCGCGCCGGCGCAGGCUCGCAUCGCGCGCACGCGCGGCGUUGCGGCGGCUCCGGCGGCGGCCGCUCCGGCGGCUGGCCGGCGCACUGCGGCAGAGAAGAACCGGGAUGUACAGCGGGAGUAUUUGCAGAGGAAGCAGGCGAGGACGGAGGCAGUGCAUGCGCAAGUUGGCGAUCUUGAGGCGCGCAGAGCAGAGCUGCUGGCUCAGUUGGGCCCGCUGCUGACGCGGCACGAGCAGCUGACUAGGAGUCUGCCCUGGCACAAGCAGCAGGAGGAGUGGGGCUUCAUGGCGGAGAUUGCCAGCUGUGCGCCAGGUGGCGCUGACUCAGCAUGCCCGCCUGAUCUGGCGCCAGCUGCAGACCCCAUCCAGAGCAUGAUGCUGGAGCCAGAUGCAACUGUGGAACAGCUGUAUGCUUCGGCAGGCCUGCAAAGCAGCAUAAAGGAUGAGGCAGCCCCAUUCAAGCCACUUUGCCUGGCACCUGCCCCUAAGGAUGCCGCCAAGUUUGAUUCAGCCCCCUGGCAGCGCCUUGUGGCGCGGCUGCGGCUGACCAAAACACAAAGGGAGGGGAUCGCGGCAGGCUAUAACAACCACAUCCAGUCAGAGGCGUUCCUGCAAGAGGACUGCCUGGGCAUCGCUGCAAAGCUGCAGAAGCUGCCAAAGGUGGUGGGAGAAUUGAGCAGUUCUCUGCAGCCAAAUCUGGUGACGCACCUCAUGGGCUGCCAGCUGGCGGGCAUUUCCAAAAGAGGCGACGAGCUGACUCAGCGGCUGACGCGCACUUGCUUCCAGGUAUUCAACAAGGCGCAGAUGGACAUUCUGCGCGAGUUGAUUUUCACCAUUCCUCUCGACAUGCGCGCAUUGUGCCGGGAGAUCGCAACUGCCGGGCUGAGCAAGGGGCGCGCAAGAUCUGGCGUCACCUCAGCGCUGACUAACCCGCCCAAGAAGAGGCCUGCGGUGAGGGCGCCAGAGGCAGGACAGGAUGACAUCAGCGCUGAUGUGGCGCGUGACAUUAGUCACAGAAACACCUCUGACUCUGUCCCUCGAAAACGCCGUUUGGCCGGCCCCUCACCCUCACAGGGUGGACCCACUCGCAGGCGGCGCACAGCCGGGGCCGCUGCCGUGGCGAUGUCAGGUCGUGCGGCCAAAUCAGGCGACAAUGCUGAUGCCAGCAUGGGUGCAGCUGCUGCGCAGCUUCCAAAAACCGGCCGUCAGCGGAAAUGA